ACUGAGUUGUUGCUAUUAAUACAGCUGAGAAAAAAGCGUACUGCUGGUGAAAGCUGUUGUAGUCUCGGUUGAAGAGGAAAGGAGUUACAGUAAACUUGACAAGCUGAAAGGACAUAUUUGGGCAAAUGAUGCUUCUGGUUCGGUGACUCUGGGCACUUAACGACUCCUUCACCACCAUGGAAGAAACCGUCUCAUGUACUGAAUUAGCAAAUUCCAAAUCCCCCUCAGCAUACGAGGUGGUGAUCCUGCACACGGCUGAAGCUCAGGAAUGGGCGGCGUAUUUGCGGCAGAUCUUGAAAUCUUCUGGAAAACUCAGCAAAAGGUCUAUUUUGCUGUACGCGGUCGGCCAAACAGAUCAGCUCCACGGAUAUAACUUUGAACACUUCGACAGUUGCAAGUCCAUCGUGCUGCUCCUCACGGCAGAGUUCCUAGACUUGCUCUGUGAAGCCGACCUACAGGGUGCACUUCACAGACUCCUUCACCCACCACACCGAGUGGUCGUGCUGCUGUGCGGCAUCACAGAGGAACACAUAGAGACAGAGAGAUUUGACGGCUGGCACAGCUGGAGAAAAAUCAGUUCUGAAGAUGACUCGGAUGUCUACGUCUCCACCAUUUUGGAGGCCAUGACUGACAGCAGACAUGUGGAGGCUGCACAUGAGACCGAAACUGAAGCUGCACCAGAGUUGCACGUCGCAGCAACUUCGUCAUCUGAAAUUCCCACCGAAAAGGAGGAAGUUGUGUCAGAGGAGCGAGAAGAACCUGUCCUGGAGGAUGAAGAAGAACCUGCAAGCACGAACAUUUCACCUAGUGAGGAAGUUAGUGCGCCGUCGCCGCUCACCUGUGUCACCGUUCAACCAAGCAGAGUUCUCUGUGGGCAACAGGAGAUGCUGUUCAUCAUUUUCUCGCAGAAACUCGAUCACCAGUUGACACCAGAGGUGGAGUUCUCAUCUGAAAGUGAAGCUGCAAAAAGCCUCAUGGGCUUAGUGGAGAAUGAAUACACCAUAAGUGUUGCUGCACCUGCUAUGCCUGCUGGAGUGGUCUCACUGGCCAUGCACAUCGACGGUGCUCGGCUCAGCUUGAAGCCUGUUACUUAUUACACCAGUAUGGGUGAAGUCAGUCGGUUUCUUGAACAGGCCAUUGAUCCUGUUAGCUUCAUCUCCCAGGCCUUCAACUUGACGUCGAAUGCAACAGAGUCACUGGACGACAUGCUAACUGAGUCAUUAAAAUCCAGAAUGCCUGCAACUGGUUUUCAGCUCUUUGGAAUCAGACAGAUUGAAGUAGACAAUAUGGCGGCAUGUCAGCGUAAUGAGGAGCUUCCGACUCUGCUCCACUUUGCUGCUAAGUACGGCCUGAAGAAGCUGACCACCCUUCUCCUUCAGUGUCCCGGGGCUCUGCAGGCUUACAGCGUGAUGAAUAAGCACGGAGACUACCCGAACAAACUGGCAGAGAAGAGCGGCUUCCUGGAUCUCAGACAGUUCAUGGACGAAUUUGUUGUGACAGCCGAUAUGGUCAAGUUGCACUUUGAGGACCACGAGGAGGAUGCAGAGGUGUAUGAAGCCAUGACAAAUACAUCUCGGGAUAUCAUGAUGAAGUUUUCAUGUUGUUCAGAAGACAUUUAUGAGUCAAUGCUGGGGAUCGACCCUGAAUGUGCAGAGGACCUAUAUGAGGAGAUGACUGUAGUCGAUGAGAACCCUGAAGAAGCUAUGCUUAGGAAGUUUUUCAAAGCGAAACCUCACGACAUUGUAACCCAGGACGACAGUGAGCAGCCUCAAAGUGAAGAUGAGCCAAAAGACAAUCCGUAUGACUUAGAACUAACUGAAGAAGAAGAGGAGGAUCCCUACAACCUUUUCCCGGAGGACAUCUAUGAUAUUGUGGAUACAAAAAGCAUUCUUAUCCCAUUAAUCCAGAACCGUCCACCAGCACCUGUCCCCAGAUCGGAGGCUGAGCCUGAGACUGAAGAAACCAUGAAGUACAUCACUAGAGUGUUUUCAGAUAAAGGGACAUCCCAGAGUAAAACAUUGGAGACGGGAUAUUCUGCAGUUCGGCCACAUUACCAGGCCCCAACACCAGCGUAUGACCCCUAUUCUGGGAUGAAGACCCCUGGACAGAGGCAGCUCAUAUCUCUGCAGGAGAGGGUGAAAGUGGGAGAAAUUAAUGUGGAUGAGGCCGUCCAGGAGUUCAAGUCGUGGCAGUUUGACCAUGAGCGGAGGGCGCAUUCCAUACGCUAUCAACAGGAAAAUCUGAGGAAAUUACGCGACAGCAUCACCAGGCGUCACAAAGAGAGAGAGAAGACAGGAAACAUUGAAUACGAGAUAAGCGCUCCACUGCAGAGUAACUUAUGCUGGGGCUCCAGUUCGGCAUUAGAGUGUGCAGUGUAUGAGCCGGUGCCCAGAAUGGAGGCCCCGCUCCCUCCUGUUCCUAAUACUAUCCAGAGAGGAAGCUGGAAGACAGGUAGCACGUCCAGCACAUCAAGUAAUGAAAGCAACAGGCUCAGCAUUCACAGCAUUCAAAGUUGCAGCAGCGGCACAGAGCCUGAGGCUGAGGACACAUUCGAAAAUCUCCCUCCUCCUUUAACACGACCUCUGAGGCCAUCUGAUGCUGCACCCGUCAUGCCUCCACCCAGGGUUCCUCCGAGGAUCCCAGAAAGGGUUCCAGAGAUCAUGGUGCAUGAGCGCUACAUAAGCUGCCCUACCCGAGCGCUUCCUCAAAGACCACCUCCCAGAGAAAUGAUAGCACCUCCUGUACCUCGUCGCCUGCGGUGAUUGGUCGACUAAUACUGAUUUGUCCUGGGUUUUGUCUUUAUAGCUGCCGGUAGUUUUCUUGUAAGAAGGAAUUAUGUGUUGAAUAGAUAUUUCGUCUGUAGAUAACCACAAUUUAAUGAGAAGAAUCCUCACAGACCCAGUUAUUUGAUUGCUUUUUCUUGUAUUGAUUUGAUGUAUCAGUUUACCUAAUAAAAGUAUUCAAUUCACAUAAUUACUAUGGAUAUGUGAGUGAUACUUAGCAUGUAAAUGUUGUGUUUUGUUUUUUUUCUUCAUCUGUGUUAUAUAAACUGAUAUGAACGUUUUUGGGGAUGGGGAUUGUAAUGAGGUGAAGGAUAAAAAUCACUUGUAUGUGAAGUAUUAUUUGUAUUUACUCAUGGCCAGGGAUGUUAGUUUAGUUCGCUUUGCAAAAUAAAUGUACAUUUUAUAUGGAAGCACUUACAUUAAAUUAUAUUCCAUCUAUUUUUCAUCAAAUGCCGUCACCAUUAUACAUUUUAAAUGAUCACCUUUAAGAAGUUGUUGUAGGAGGUCUGUUUAGUUGUGUCUUCAUGUAAGUACUGAAUUUCACAAUGAAAUAUGAUAAUGUAUUUUCCUCAUGUAGUCUUGAAUUCAUCACUAUUUUAAGUGGCUCGUUUCUUACCAGUAUUGAUUUCUUUGUCGUGCAAUACGAAGUUUGGCCACUUGGUGGUGCUCGCUAUUCUCUGUCCUGUAAAGGUGGACUGACAUAUUCUUCCAUGUAUGUAAAAACUUUUCCCAGUGAUUUUAUCUCAUUAAGUUUUCAGCAGUUUGAUUAAAUAGCAAAUUACUUGUUAUUUUAUUGAUAUAAAUGAAUGAGUGUAAAAUUGUCUACUGUCAACUAUAAGUCCUCUGAGGAAAGUCGUGUACAGAGUGUGAGAGAGUGUUGCCAGCUAGGACUUCUGGUCAAAACCUUCAAAGUAAAAUCCUUACUGUUAGGCACUGUACG